UUCUCUCUCUUUUUUGGUCAUGGGGUACUGCCGUACUGGAGAGCCAAUUUCGUCAAAUCAAAUCGUGCGCGUGCGUGCGGUUCGGGAAUUUCGACGGCUGCAUUGCGGCCGGCGGCGAGCGGCUGCAGCUGGGGUGUGCGGCGGGCAGCGAGUGGCUGCGUGCGGCGGGUGACCUCGGCAUGACAUCCAUCUACUCUUGCCCCAUCACCCCCUCCGUUGACCACCUCCGGCUCCGUCGCAAGAGCCCCGCCGCCGCCAAGUCCGAACACUGCUCGCAGCCGAGGGAGCCCCUACAGAACGCCACCAUCAAGUCGCGCGGGUGGUCCGCAAUGGCUGCCAUCGAGACACCAAGUUUAUCCCAUCAAAGAUACUCAGCAGCUGCCUUCAGGCAAGGCGCUUUGGCGGACGGCGGGUGGCCUCGGAGGCAUGAGGCUGUGGGUGCGUCCAUAUCCGCCGGCAGCUGUAGAGUGGCUUCGAGAAAGACGCCAGAUCGAAGGGCUAUGCUGGGGAGCGACGGCAUCUGGGAAUUUUGGCCGAUGUGGCUCCUUAUUUUUCUGGCACACAAAUCAAAGUACUCACCAUUGCGGAGAGAAAUGCCUGACAAUUAUUUGGCAAUUGGAAAAUUGGUCAAUUGGGAGGAAACCAGCAUGACACAUGCACUCUUGAUGCUCAAGACUCAAGAGGCACAAGCCAACUUCUAGCUGGUUUAAUUAAAGCUCUACAUAUGAUUGCGUGAAUAGUGUUGUUUCAUGAAUGCUCGGUCUAUAAGUGUGAACAGUGUAGCUUUGUAUUAUAAACUGUGAAGAGAAAUUUACUCACGAUUUUGGUUUUUUAUUUA